GUGAACGCAGCUCGGCAGAGGCUGGCAGGAAACAAUUCUGCAAAAAUAAUCAUACUCAGCCUGGCAAUUGUCUGCCCCUAGCUCUGUUGCUCUGCCGCCGUCCACACUCACGGCAAGGGGGGGCAGAGAAUUUACCGCGGCAAGAACAUCCCUCCCGGCCAGCAGAUUACAAUGCUGCAAACUAAGGAUCUCAUCUGGACUUUGUUUUUCCUGGGAACUGCAGUUUCUCUGCAGGUGGAUAUCGUUCCCAGCCAAGGGGAAAUCAGCGUUGGAGAGUCCAAAUUCUUCUUAUGCCAAGUGGCAGGAGAUGCCAAAGAUAAAGACAUCUCCUGGUUCUCCCCCAAUGGAGAAAAGCUCACCCCGAACCAGCAGCGGAUCUCCGUGGUGUGGAACGAUGACUCCUCCUCCACCCUCACCAUCUACAACGCCAACAUCGACGAUGCCGGCAUUUACAAGUGCGUGGUCACCGCGGAGGACGGCACCGAGUCAGAGGCCACGGUCAAUGUGAAGAUCUUCCAGAAGCUCAUGUUCAAGAAUGCGCCGACCCCGCAGGAGUUCAGGGAAGGGGAAGAUGCCGUGAUUGUGUGCGAUGUGGUCAGCUCCCUCCCCCCAACCAUCAUCUGGAAACACAAAGGCCGAGAUGUCAUCCUGAAAAAAGAUGUCCGAUUCAUCGUCCUGGCCAACAACUACCUCCAGAUCAAGGGCAUCAAGAAAACAGAUGAGGGCACUUACCGCUGUGAGGGCAGGAUCCUGGCACGGGGGGAGAUCAACUUCAAGGACAUCCAGGUCAUUGUGAACGUGCCGCCCACCGUCCAGGCCAGACAGAGCAUCGUGAACGCCACAGCCAACCUCGGCCAGUCUGUCACCCUGGUGUGCGACGCCACAGGCUUCCCAGAGCCCACCAUGAGCUGGACAAAGGACGGGGAGCAGAUAGAGAAUGAGGAGGACGAGAAGUACCUCUUCAGUGAUGACAGCUCUGAGCUGACCAUCAGGAAGGUGGACAAGAACGACGAGGCUGAGUACGUCUGCAUCGCCGAGAACAAGGCCGGCGAGCAGGAUGCGUCCAUCCACCUCAAGGUCUUCGCAAAACCCAAAAUCACUUACGUAGAGAACCAGACAGCAAUGGAACUGGAGGAGCAGGUCACUCUUACCUGUGAAGCCUCAGGAGACCCCAUUCCUUCAAUCACCUGGAGAACUUCCACCCGAAACAUCAGCAGCGAAGAAAAGGCUUCGUGGACUCGACCAGAGAAGCAAGAGACCCUGGACGGGCACAUGGUGGUGCGCAGCCACGCCCGCGUGUCGUCGCUGACCCUGAAGAGCAUCCAGUACACGGAUGCUGGAGAGUACGUCUGCACGGCCAGCAACACCAUCGGCCAGGACUCCCAGUCCAUGUACCUCGAAGUGCAAUAUGCCCCCAAGCUGCAGGGCCCUGUGGCUGUGUACACGUGGGAGGGGAACCAGGUGAAUAUCACCUGCGAGGUGUUUGCCUACCCCAGCGCCACAAUCUCAUGGUUCCGCGAUGGGCAGCUGCUGCCCAGCUCCAACUACAGCAACAUCAAGAUCUACAACACCCCAUCGGCCAGCUAUCUGGAGGUGACCCCGGACUCCGAAAAUGAUUUUGGAAACUACAACUGUACUGCCGUGAACCGCAUUGGACAGGAGUCCCUGGAAUUCAUCCUUGUCCAAGCAGACACCCCAUCCUCACCGUCCAUCGACCAGGUGGAGCCAUACUCCAGCACAGCGCAGGUGCAGUUUGAUGAGCCAGAGGCCACAGGCGGGGUGCCCAUCCUCAAGUACAAGGCUGAGUGGAGAGCAGUGGGCGAGGAAGUCUGGCACUCCAAGUGGUAUGAUGCCAAAGAAGCCAGCCUGGAGGGCCUUGUCACCAUCGUGGGCCUGAAGCCCGAGACGAUGUACGCGGUCCGACUGGCGGCCCUCAACGGCAAGGGCCUAGGCGAGAUCAGCGCCGCCUCCGAGUUCAAGACGCAGCCAGUCCGGGAACCCAGCGCACCUAAGCUCGAAGGGCAGAUGGGAGAAGAUGGCAACUCCAUUAAGGUGAACCUGAUCAAGCAGGACGACGGCGGCUCCCCCAUCAGGCACUACCUGGUCAAAUACCGAGCGCUCUCCUCCGAGUGGAAACCAGAGAUCAGGCUCCCCUCUGGCAGUGACCACGUCAUGCUCAAGUCCCUGGACUGGAAUGCCGAGUACGAGGUCUACGUGGUGGCUGAGAACCAGCAGGGGAAGUCCAAGGCGGCUCACUUCGUGUUCAGGACCUCGGCGCAGCCCACGGCCAUCCCAGCCAAUGGCAGCCCCACCUCAGGUCUGAGCACUGGCGCCAUCGUGGGCAUCCUUGUCGUCACCUUCGUCCUGCUCCUGGUGGCUGUGGAUGUCACCUGCUACUUCCUGAACAAGUGUGGCCUGCUCAUGUGCAUUGCCGUCAACCUGUGUGGAAAAGCCGGGCCCGGAGCCAAGGGCAAGGACAUGGAGGAGGGCAAAGCCGCCUUCUCGAAAGAUGAGUCCAAGGAGCCCAUCGUGGAGGUGCGAACAGAGGAGGAGCGGACCCCAAACCACGACGGAGGGAAGCACACGGAGCCCAACGAGACCACGCCGCUGACGGAGCCCGAGCUGCCUGCUGACACCACAGCCACUGUCGAGGACAUGCUGCCUUCUGUCACCACCGUCACCGCUAACUCUGACACUAUCACCGAAACCUUUGCCACUGCUCAGAACAGCCCCACCAGUGAGACCACCACCCUGACCUCCAGUCUCGCUCCCCCAGCCACGGCCACCCCUGAUUCAAACUCUGUGCCCACUGGCCAGGCCACCCCUUCCAAGGGGCCUGGCGUCGCUGCCACCUCCCCGCCCCCAGCCGCAGCCCCCAAGGUCGCUCCUCUCGUUGACCUGAGCGACACCCCAACCUCAGCCCCCGCGGCCAGCAAUUUGUCCUCUAGCGUGCUGGCUAACCAGGGGGCCGUGCUCAGCCCCAGCGCCCCUGCCAACGCAGGUGAGGCCCCCAAGGCCCCCCCGGCCAGCAAGCCGGCCCCCGCCUCGGCUGGAGCAGCAGGUCCCCUAGCACCAGCCGCAGCUGUCCCCGCCCCGGAAGCCCCCCAGACCAAGCCGGAGGCUCCCGGCACCAAAGGCCCGGACCCCGAGCCCACCCAGCCCGGCGCCGCGAAGAGCCCGGCCGAGGCAGCCAGGGCGCUCGCUAGCCCGAAGAGCGAGGCUGCCUCCGUCAGCGCCACUAACCCUGCCCAGGGCGAGGACUUUAAAAUGGACGAAGGGAACUUCAAGACCCCAGAUAUUGACCUUGCAAAGGAUGUCUUUGCCGCCCUGGGCUCUCCUGCUCCCGCCGCUGGGGCCAGUGGACAAGCCCCUGAGCUUGCUCCUUCCACUGCCGACAGCUCUGGUCCGCCUGCACCAGCAAAGACCGAGAAGGGCCCUGUAGAAGCAAAGCCGGAGUGCCAGGAGACAGAAACGAAGCCAGCGCCAGCCGACGUCGAGACGGUCCCCAAUGAUGCCCCACAGACAAAGGAGAACGAGAGCAAAGCGUGAUGGGUGACGAGACACCAGCAAAGAUCAAAAUAACAAGUGACACAACAGCUUCACCAGAGCAUCUCCAGUCACACACACACACACACACACACACACACACACACACACACACACACACAUUUCAUUCCUCUAGUGUCUUUUGCCUUUAAAAAAGAAAAAACUAAACAGAUCAACAUGGGAGCUCCUUUUUGUAGGUUUAUAGAAAGGGUUCCUCUGUUGUACAGUCACUUGUAAGAAAAUGAGACAAAAAGAUGAAACCCACAGCCAAACUAGGACACUCCGUUCCCUGAAACCAUUUAAAAAUCAAACAAAAGGACCCCAAAUUAAGAAUCUAGGAAGCUCAGAAAAAGAAAAAAAAAAAUCUAGGUUCAGGAAGACCACACUUGGUGGUGCCUGGUUGGCACAGACCAGGUUCCGAAAAAUACUUCCAGGCACUAAGACUAACCGAAUGAACAAAGUCCAAGUUUAUUUUUAUACUUUCAGUCGAGUUUGAACUCUGUAAAACCUCAUAAAUAAGUUAUAAUUUCUGUUCACUUUGUAUUUGUUCAGUAUGCAAAGUGUGUCACCUUUCUAGCUGAAUUCAAUUCCCACAUAGACUCUUGUUUUGUAGGAAGAAUGCCAAAUUGCAGCUUCUGGGGGUAGCUCUCAAUUUGCAGUAUUCAGAUUUCUUUUCCUUUCCUUUUCUUUUUUCUUCUCUCGCUCUCGUUUUUAAUUUUUUUUCCUUUUCUGCCAACUUUGUUUUCCAGUGUUUACAAGUUGACCACUAUUUGACUUCGUUUCAUUGUCCACGUAAAAUAGCUGCCUUUUGUUUUCUAAGUUACAAGUACUGCCUAGAGGUGUAGGAUCCUCACAGGAUAACUUUACAAAAUAUGAUUGUUUACAGUGGCUCUUCCCCCCCCUUCCCUCCCCCCCAGUGAGUUCUGAUUUUUAAAUUUUUGCCUGUGUGCAGCUCAGGUGAAAAUCCAUCUCGUUCUGGAAUGGUUUUGCUUUCGGGUUUUUGGUUCUUUUGUUGUUGUCGUUUGCUUGGGGGUGAGACCACUUCCGAGAAGCCACCACCUGCCUGUAUCUGUGAAAAGGAUCUGCUCCCCAGGUGUCCCCGUCCUUCCUUUGGAAGGACUCUUAGGCUUUGUUGAAUGAAGCAGAGAAGAUUGUAUAGCUGGGGCUGGUCUUGGUGAACACACAUUUUUUUACCCCAAACAUCCCCUUUUUGUAGAAAGCCAAAUAAAAUAUAUACAUACAAUUUCCUUUUGAGCCCAGAAUCUAGAUUUGAGCGGAAGAGCAUGUGUGCUUCAGGGAAUUAGUGUCUUUUUUUGGAAAUCUAUUGAAGUAAAAUAACAUCGGCCUUCUGUUCACUUAGGCGGCAUUUGUAGAAACAAAAGAAGAAGAAGAAAAAAAAAACCCAACCUGCUGUCUGGAGUCAUAACACAACUUUCCUGGAUUGGAAACCAAGUGGGGGGAAAAAUACAGAAACUUUAAGGGGGAUGGGAGGGGGGAGAAGGGAAAAGCCAGCCCUUUGUAUAGACAUUUUGCUUUUUUUCCCCUCAUUCUACUUUAGAACUGCAAGCUUGUGCACUGUGGAUGCGUGAAUAUUUUAGUGUGAAACGUGUUUUUGUCAUAGUAUCGAAAUAAAACUUCAACAUAGUUUGGUUGUGGAAGGUAUAGCAGAUAGUUCA